UUGCGCAGUGUCCGUUUAAUAUGUCACGUGACAAAGACCCGCCCCUCUGCUGGUUUCGAUCCCCCUCGCGCCAAUCAGAAGUCCAGUGUGGACGAUGGCACAACCAAACUUCCCCAAAGCUCAGUCUGCCCAAAGUUGAUGCUCUGUUGACGUCGUUGUCUGUUGCCACUGCUCUGACUAUCAAUGCAUCACAUCCUGCACACUGGAAGAUUUUUACUCGGAAACGCCUCCCAGACAAAUUUGCUUAAUAUAUUUUCUGUUUUGCGUUACACGGCCCGGCGCAAAUGUUGCUCCAGCUUUGCCAAGAUGAUGCGCGCGGUGUGUGUCGACGUGCCCGGAGGACCAGAGAAUCUGCUGCUGCGAGCCGUUCCGAGACCUCGGCCGAAAGGCAGAGAAGUCCUCAUUAAAGUCCACGCGACGGCCCUCAACAGGGCGGACUUACUGCAGAGGCGAGGAUUGUACCCACCUCCCCCAGGUGAGAGUGACAUCAUAGGCCUGGAGGUGGCUGGCACUGUGGAUACUCUGGGUCCGGGGGUGAAAGGAGGCUGGAGGCCAGAUGACCGGGUCAUGGCCUUGCUCUCUGGAGGAGGAUACGCAGAAUAUGUUUCUGUGCCCGAGGAGCUGCUGAUGCCCAUCCCCCCGAAUCUCACUCUGUGCCAGGCUGCUGCGAUCCCGGAGGCCUGGCUCACUGCUUUUCAGCUGCUGGUUUUCAUAGCUCAGGUGAAGGAGGGGGAAGUCGUUCUGGCUCACGCCGGAGCCAGCGGGGUGGGAACGGCCGCCGUUCAGCUGGCGCGUCUGUUCGAUGCCGUGCCCGUCGUCACGGCAGGAAGCCCCGAAAAACUGAAGAUAGCUGAGAGUCUGGGAGCCGCAGCGGGGUUCAACUACAAAGAGGAGAGCUUCUCGAAGGGCGUCCACGACUUCACAGGAGGAAAGGGAGCCAACGUCAUCCUCGACUGCAUCGGCGGCUGCAACUGGGAGCAGAAUGUGAGCUCCCUAGCCACCGACGGCAGGUGGGUGCUGUACGGCACCAUGGGGGGCCGGGCGGUCGAGGGCGAGCUGCUGGGAAGGCUGCUCUCCAAGCGAGGCCACUUGCUCUGCAGCCUCCUCCGCUCUCGCAGCCUUCAGUACAAAGCAGACCUGGUGAAGGCCUUCUCACACAGAGUGUUGCCGCACUUCUCCGGGCAGCGUGCCUCCCUGAGGCCGGUGAUUGACAGCAUAUACAGCCUGGAGGACAUCGCAGACGCUCACAGGCACAUGGAGGCCAACAGGAACACGGGGAAGAUCGUCAUUAACGUGAUUCCACCGAAUCAGGACACUCCGUGACGAACAGCUGCAGUAGUGUUAACAGAAAUACCCAAACACAGUGGUGGAUGAAAACUAUUUCAUGGUUUUUAAAUAUGCCUGGUCCACCAAGAGUCCACAGGCUUGAUCCCAAAAUAAUUCCAGUGCCAUUUCUUCUGUAGUGUCACGAUCAACCACGACCAAAUGUGUAUUUGUAUUGUGUUUAUACUGGAGAAUUAAGAUACUCUCCUCUUCACAUAUAUUUUACCAAGAAAAUUCGAACUUUUACAGCAAAGCAUUAAAAGAGACCUGUGGUAGAAUCGGAGCUGUUCUCAUGUCAAAUAUAUUUAAAUUUACAUAUAUUUAAUUCAGGCACACCGAAGCACUUGCAGUUAUAUUAUGUCAAAAACCGACAUGGUAAAAAUAAAUGUCUAUAAUUCACAAAUUCCAGACAGAUUUGAACUAUUAUUCCGCUUCCAAAGUCAUAAUUACAAUCUUUAUGCACGUGUGUUUACUUUAAUGAUCGCCAUUAGACGAGCCCUUUACAAUUUGAGUUUUGAAUGUUGUAGUGAAGGAGCUAAAUCCUGAUAUCUAUCUAGAUCAUGAUUUUAUUAGUUGAUUUAUUUUAAGUAAUUAAUGUUGUCGAAUAAAUAUAGUGGAGUGAAAAGUACAAUAAUGGUUUCUGGAGUAGAUGUGGCAUGGAAAAUAAAGUACUUGACAUUG